AUGUCCAUCAAACCAAUUGACACCUUCAUCACAAACGGUGUUCGGUUGUUCGAAGUGAACCCAUCGCAAUCCGCGUUUUCAAUCACAUAUAAACCGCCAGUGGUGAAAUCUGACAAAGGUGCUGAAAAGAAAGUAUCGAAGAAAUGCACUAAAGUGGCAUUCAGGUUCAAUAACGCACAUUUGGCGACCAAUUACUCCUUUGACACCAACAAAAGCAAGGACGUUUCCCGUCUGUUGAACUCCUUGGGACCCAGAGGUGUCUCUAUCGCAAACGGGAAGACAAACCCAAUAAGCAAGAAGCAGAAACAGAAACAGAUUGUAGGACUGAGCAGACUGAUAGUCAACACGGAUGUGAAGGAAUACGUAGCACCUGUGCCCAAGAAGGGAACCGCUGCAACGGCAAGUAGUAAUAAUGCUGCGACGGAAUCGCAAGCUCGUAAGAAGAAGAAUAAGAAGAAUAAGAAGAAACGUUAA